AUGUAUGUAUAUCCAUCAGCAGCCAGCCUCUCAAAAGGAGGUCAUCCAGGCCCAAGUGGCAGCCUCCAAGCCCAAUCCGCGAUCAAGUCCAAUGCCUGUCUCAAAUCUCAGCCGCUCCAUCGACGAAGUUGCUCAGUCAGCGACGUGUGCAUGGAGGACCCCAACUCAGGGUUUGGGUGGAAACCCUGCCUGUAUUUCGCCAGAAGCUACUGCAAGAACGGAGCCAGCUGCAGGUUCUUGCACAGCGGUGGGCUAGGAGACGCCGUCGUCGACGGCAGAGGACAGGUGGUUGUUGGGUCGCCGAGCAAGCUGGAGAUGAUGGACCAUGAAGCGCUUCUCAGAUCUAAAACCGCUCAGCAGCAGAGGCUUGCUGCUGCUUCUCAGCUUAUGGCAGCGUCAGCCAAUUCCUUUCCUUACUCCUCCAAGUGCAUGAACUUCCUACUUCAGCAGCAACAAACUGAUUCCCAAAGGGCUGCGGCAGCUUCCUUGAUGAUGGGUGAUGAUAUGCACAAGUUCAGCCGAUCCCGCCUCGAAAGAUCCGAUUUUUCGAUGAAUGGUGGGGCGGGGAUUGUGAACCCGGCUUCAAGGCAGAUAUAUUUGACUUUCCCGGCAAAUAGCACUUUCAGAGAGGAAGAUGUCUCAAACUAUUUCAGCAUGUACGGGCCGGUCCAAGACGUGAGAAUCCCAUACCAGCAGAAGAGGAUGUUUGGAUUCGUUACAUUCUUGUACCCGGAGACGGUGAAGCUGAUUUUGGCCAAAGGGAACCCUCAUUUUGUUUGUGAUGCUAGAGUGCUUGUCAAGCCUUACAAGGAGAAGGGCAAAGCUCAUAAAAAGAAACAACAGCAACAAGUGGAAAGAGGAGAUUUGUCUCCCUGUGGUACACCUACUGGGCUGGAUGGUAGAGACCCUUACGAUCUCCAGCUAGGAGCAAAGAUGUUUUACAAUUCUCAAGACAUGCUGUGGAGGAGGAAGCUGGAGGAGCAAGCUGAGUUGCAAGCACUUGAAAUUCAAAGUCGAAGACUGAUGGGCCUGCAGCUACAUGAUGUCAAGAAGCAUCACCACCACGCUCUUUCUGCCAGCAGUCCGAUUCACUCCCCUACCCAGUCUCCCAACAUGUUCAGUCGAAACCUAGUGCUUCAUUCGGUUCACAACGGCCAAGAAGUUCACCACGAUAACUGUUUUUCUCCGAUGCCACACUUGACUCCAGCAGUGGAUGCUGAUCAGUUGCUCAAGGAAGCAGCUGCUGCUGUUCUAGGUAAAGAUAUGAUGGCCAACAACGACUAAAAUGGUAGUGGUAGCCGAAGUAGCAAUGGUAGUGGUAAGGAGAGCCCCCAUGACAAUAUCGGUGAUUUGCUGGAAGGUUUGGAGCACAAUCUUCCUGAUAGUCCUUUUGCGUCUCCAACAAAGGCUGCCGGAGAGUACACAUCCUCCGCCUUCCCCAACGUGACUAGCGAGGCCAAUGGCUCAGAUGCCUCAUUUGCAGCUGCUAACAUAAACUUGGCGACUUCCCUACUUCCAGCAUCUUCAUCCCUGUACAUGGCAUCCUUCAAGUCUUUCAACUGCCAAAUUCCAAGGUUGAACUCCGGUCACGGAGCCAUAGGGAUGUACGCUGGCACAGGAGCUGGGCCAAAAUGCCCUGUUGGAACUUCCUAAUCAAAGCUUAAUUAGGAGGAUCAACAUGUUUAAGUAUAA